AUGUCUUCAGCAGACUUAUUUAAAAAAUUCACAUUGCAGAAUGUUGCACAAAUUGCGAACAGUAAUAAUAAAGAACAAGCACAAGUACGCAGAGACUUGGCAGAGCAGUAUCCAUUAUUGGCAGAUUACUGGGAAGAUAUUAUCCCUAAAAAAUCUGAUAUUAUGCUGGUACGUUGUCAUGAUCAUGUACACUGUGUUACUCUCGUCAGCGCACAACCAGAAGUUCUAUUCUUUAGCCACCACAACGGUCCAUACAUACCUCAUCUAAAGCUGCUUCACAAGUAUCCAUUUAUUCUCCCACGACAUCAGGUGGAUAUCGGUGGUUGUAAGUAUAUCGUUUCGGGGGCGAAUGUCAUGUGUCCAGGGCUUACUUCUGCAGGUGGGAGCAUCACACCAGAUCUUGCUGCUGGUCAGAUAGUUGCCGUACAUGUGGAAAGCAAAGAACACGCAGUGGCAAUAGGAAAGAUGCUUAUGUCAUCUGAUGAUAUUGUAAAAAUAAACAGUGGCCCGUGUAUUGAGAAUAUACAUCACCUUGGUGAUGGUUUGUGGAUGAAUCGUGUGCUAAGUUCCUCACACAUUGGGGCUAAAUAA